AUGCCCUUAUCACAGACACACAACUUCUUUUCUGGCCAGGAUUUUGACUCAGAGAAGGGUAUGGAGGAGCUGGAGGACAGCGAAGAGCGAGACGACACAGGCAAGAUCCACAGAUUCGAUUUUGACGGUACACUUGUUACCCAAUUUGAUGACUAUUUCAUAACGCCCAUUGGAGGAGAUAACCAGACCGCUACUCAGUUGUUGGGUAUAGCCCAAUUCAUAUUUGCCCGCUUCAACAAUUUCAUUACUGAAAACCCACCUAGUAGGGUUUAA